AUGCUUCUUCUUGCCAUUGGUGACAUUUUCAUACCUGAAAGGGCUAUUGAUUUCCCAAAUGAGUUUAAAAAAUUACUACUACCAGGAAAGAUACAGCAAGUUUUGUGUCUUGGUAAUGUAACGUCCUCGUUAGAAACAAUGAAAUUUCUCGACUCUUUAUCUCCAGAUCUUCAGAUUGUGAAAGGCGCCCAUGACUUUGAUUCUAAAUUACCACUCUCAUCAGUAGUGCAACACGAUCAGCUAAGAAUUGGAUUCCUUAGUGGCUUCUCUGUGGUUCCAAAAAAUGACCCAUUGUCACUUUUGGUCGAAGCUAGAAAGAUGGACGUUGACAUUUUGAUUUGGGGCGGGACACAUAGAGUCGAAGCCUAUACUUUGGAUAACAAGCUUUUCAUCAAUCCUGGUUCUGCUACAGGGGCUCCAGUCACAGAAGAUUUGAGUGAUGAGGAUGAUGCUGAAGGAGAAGAAGAAGAAGAAGAAGAAGAAGAGACAGAGGCAGAGGCAGGAGCAGAGGCAAACAACGUUUCAGAACAAGAGGCGUCACACACUGACGGCAGCAAUAAUAAUGGCGAUAAAGCCGAAAAAGGCGUAGAAAAAUAUGCAAAAGAUAUUGAAGAAUCCAGAGCCCAGGUUGAACGAUUGCUUGAUCUAGCGGAUGAUGAAAUGAGUGAUCCUGUACCUAGUUUCUGCUUGUUGGACGUUCAGGGAGCAGUUUGCACUUUGUAUAUCUACACCUAUCUUGAUGAUGAGGUGAAGGUGGAUAAAGUAACAUAUAGAAAAGAAUGA